AUGUCUCCCCUGCGGGGAUAUCAAGAGAUGAUGGGGACACCAGAAUCAGCUUCUAGCUAUUCACCGACGUCGUCUGUCUUGCCAUCGCAAGUGGUGCCGUCCACUUUAGUAGCACUGUCCAAGAGCCCCACAUAUCCAGCAGGACAUAAGCCGAUUCCAUGGCCUGAUCAUGUGGAGAAACCAACACAUAAGUGGUUUGACCAGCGUGUCCAUUCUAUUGUACGCGGAUUAGUGUUUCAGCCACCCACAAAACCAAUUCAAGCCACUGUUGCUGUCAAGGCGUUGCCGCUUGAACUUUGGCACAAAGUUAUAGAUUAUCUCACUCUCGAUCUUCUCCCGCAUCAAGUAGGACAGUGGCAAGCAUAUGCGCUCGUUUGUCGAGACUGGCGUCCAAGGUGUGAAGACAACUUCUUCCAAUCUUUCCGUAAAGGCUUAGAGUUUCACGAUAUACGGAUGGUAUGCCGAAUCAUGCGUCUGCUGAAGGCUAGAAAGGAUAUUCGGGAAAGCAUACAGGACGUCGUUUUUCGUGCGCCUGAUGCCUUUUGGCAAUUUGCUGUUACGAUGCCUUGCCAUUUCACGCGGGUGCAGAGUCUAGUCAUCAAUCCCGUGCAACCAACCCUUCAAAGUAGACGUUAUCUGGCAGGAGCGUCGAUUGGACGGCCCCCUAAGGAAAAUCGACUUAUUCUCGACCCGGCACUACUCCCUCGGCCAUACAUUGACACAUAUCGUUACCUGACGAUAUUUACUUCUGUCACCUAUCUUUCACUCAUCCAAGUGACAAUACCCUCGCUUCUCGUUUUCGGCAGACUUGUAUGUGCACUCCCCAGCCUCAUCCACCUCAAAUGUAAAUCGUUGCAUUUCAUCUCUCAUGGCUUUGAACGACGUUUACUUCUCAUACCACCCAACUCUACCGCGCGUCUCGAGAUCGAUCAUACUUGCUACGACAUUGUCGACUUUUUCACUUCGACAACGCUAGGCAGAGCAUUGAACCAUCUCACCAUUGUUCGCCCUCAAGCCCCAUAUGGGGACUUCUGGAACAUUCUACAGUCCGCCGCUCCAUCGCUCGCUGCGUUUGAUCUCCACCUUGAUGUUCGUGAUCGCAAUGACUGGGGAACAUUGGAGAAUGAACUCAAUUUUCAGCACAAUGCUGUGCUGGAGGUGGUCGUGCUCCGUCUAUCUCUCAAUGAAGAUGGAAAUUUGAACCUUGGCUCUCUCUAUACGUUCCUUUCAACAAUUCCAGACGGGGCCAGACUUUCUGAAGUGUCCCUGAUACUGGAUCGCAGACAUGGUGAUAUCAUAGAUGCUUUGCCAAGCUCGCCUACCCUGGAUAACGAGUUGUGUGAGCGCAUUGAUGAACUCUUGGCUGGGCCUCGGUACCCUUGUUUCAAGAGAUUCCACAUCGAAAUCGAUGAUGACUUCUUCCCAGACGGUGCUGCGUCCCUCCUUGGUCGCAAAGAGCAGGAAUACUGGUUCAAACAAAUUUCAUUCCUGUUUUCUCGGCUCGACGGAGGUGGGCGUCUGAGUACACUUUUGAAGAUACCGCCUGCCCAUGAUAGAAUAAAACGGACGAUGAUAGUGCCACGUCCAAUGGAAUCUAUGGAUAGACAGUGA